ACAUAUCUAGGUAAACCGCCGCACCGCACUAACUCUUUACUGUGGUAUGGAUGUUGUGUUAUCAGUUAGAAACAGGUUCACGAAGAAACAAAACCAAAUAUAAAUACAUGCGGUCACUGCGAAGACCAGUCGAGUCUGUGUAGUCGAGGAAUGCACUUCAGAAUCUUCAGUUCUUCUGAAUUGAACACUUCAAAAUGACCACGGAGCAACCUGUCUUCAUAAGUGAGAAUGAACUCAAACAAUUCACUGAUUGGAAAGAAAUAUUACAUGCACUGGAGCAAGCAUUUUUGGCCGUGUCCAACACAGAUAAAUCUGGCAGCCACCCAUACAGCUCUCAACCGGCUCGAACAUUUGUCCAUACCGAAGGAGGAGUACUCCUGUGUAUGCCAGGAUUCGUUGGCAAUCACAUAGUUUUCAAGUCGGAUAAAACUUCAACGCCUUCGUCAACUUUGGCAUGCAAGCUGAUAACCAGUUUCGGGGACAAUCCUAAACGAGAUCCACCCCUGCCGGACAUCAACGGAAACAUAUUUCUUUUCGACAACAUUACUGGAAAGCUACAGGCUACGUUGGAGGCCAAUUACAUCACCGGAUUAAGAACAGCAGCCGCAUCUAUCGUGGCCACCGAGCAGUUGUUCUUCUCCAGAGUCGUUGAUAAGUCAAAUCUUGUGCUGGGAAUUAUUGGGACAGGAACCCAGGGUGAGUUACAUGCAAUUGGAUUCUUGAACACGCAGAAGUUUGCCAAAAUCAAAUUGUGGAAUCGAACUAGAUCCCGCAGCGAGCGAUUGAUGGCAAAACUCAGCGACUUGGUCCCGAGUACCUUGAACGCUGAAGUUGUAAUUUCAAUUCAUGGGUCGGUUGAGGAAUGUUGCAAAGAUUGUGAUGUCAUCGUGACUGCCACAAGUACAUCAACUCCUCUCAUCUUUAGAAGUUUCUUAAAACCAGAUGUACACAUUAAUGCAAUCGGUGCUGGUCGUUCCCAUCAUGCAGAGUUAGCUCAGGAUAUUUACGAUCAAUGCAGCGUGUUCAUCGACUAUAAAACAGGAGCAAAAGUAGAACUAGCAAACUUGAAAUCGAACAUUGUAGGAGAAAUUGGAGAGAUUCUUUUAGGAACAAAAUCGGUUCCAGCCAACGGAAUAAGCGUAUUCCAGUCUAUAGGCAUGGCAACAGAGGAUGUUACAGUUGGUAGACUAUUCUAUGAGAAAUACAAGCAAGCUAGAUCCGAUUAGAAUAAAGUUACGCGUAUAUAAUUUGAAUAUUUGAUAAAUUCUCAUUUAUUGAAAGAGUAGAUAGAGAAGCUCAUUAAAUAUAUUUUGCGUUUUCAAGUCAAAUAAAGAGCAUUUAAGAGAUUAUCUAAAAA